CAUUUAAUAUACUGUAUAUGUUUUUUAUUUAUUUUUAUUUUUUCCUUUUCAUCAUAAAAUAUAUUAUUUUGUUUCUUCCUAUCCUGUUCUGAAUCCUCUCAUAAAUUCCUCUUGUCCGUUAUCCACAAUUUUUAAACAUUUUUCUUAAUUCCUGCUCGUCAUUGGCAAUGCACCAACGUGCAGUCCAUAAAAAAAAAAAAAAAAAAAAUUCUAUUUGUCACUGUCAGUUUGACAGUUGUCUGUCACAGCAUGUUUCUGUUUUGGAGUUUCGCGGGUUUUCUGUUAACUUUAUAAAUUAUUGUAAAUACAAAAAACCUGUAAACUCAUGUUUAUAUGUAACAGUGAGUUAAAAUGGCUGAAUUGCAGCAAUUAAGAUUAGAAAUAAACAAUGCCUUCAAACUUAGCGGCUUCACUAUUCGUAGAGAAGCUAGUAUAUACUUAGCGGAGCAGCUGGUGUCCUUAUCACAACAGGAAAGAAAGAAAAAGAUUGAUAAGUUACUAGCACAUAUUCUGCAUCAAUGUCUUUCACAGCCAGUUCUAGAAAAGCAACAUAUAGAAGUAGCUUACAAAGAAUGCUCGUCUUCCGGUCUUGAAGAAAGUGAAACCGUUUUGAAUAUUAUCGACGCAUUCAGUGUUCCGAAGCUCAAUUACGACAACGAGAGAAAUAAAUUUGUUAAAGAUAUUAGUGCAAGCAAUAACCUGUACCCGGAACCGAAAUGGAAAGCGCAAUUUUUGAUUGAUAGGUACACAAUGAUCUGGCACAGAACAGCAAGAAACAAACUAUUUGCGAAAGAAACGUUGCCAUCAAUGGAAAGUGAGAAUCGGUUUCAAUUACGCAAAAUUGAGGUAUUACAAAGUUCGUCAAGUAGAGUUGAUGAUGUUAUAGUGCUGGGUUUUUUAGCACAGUUGACAGAAGGAAAAUAUUAUUUAGAAGACCCAACGGGUAGUGUUUUACUCGAUUUGACAGAAACAAGAUAUCACUCCGGUUUGUUUACAGAGAGCAGCUUUGUUUUAGCGGAAGGUUACUAUGAUGAUAAAGUUUUACAUGUUAUGGGCUUAGUACUACCUCCGGCUGAAAGCCGAUCUGCAUCAUUACCAUUUUUCGGUAGCUUGAACACAUUUGGAGGGAAAUCAAAGACAUUAUUGAAGAAUUCUCAAAAUUUAUUGAAAAUUGAACAAGAAAACGAGGAUGGGGUAAUUGUUUUCAUAUCUGAUGUAUGGUUUGAUAAUUUAAAGGUUAUUUCUAAACUAAAAACAUUGUUUGCGGGGUAUAAUGAUUUUCCGCCAAUCGCAAUAGUUUUUAUGGGCGAGUUCCUAUCGUGCCCAUAUGGGUAUGAACAUAGUACACAAUUAAGAGCAGCCCUAAUUAACUUAAGUGAUGUUAUUUUUCCAUUUACAAAACUGAGGCAGUCGUGUAAAUUCAUCUUUGUACCUGGUCGAGGUGACCCCGUCGCUCCUAAUAUUUUACCAAGACCGGCAAUCCCAAAUUCAAUAACGAAAGAAAUUAGAGAAAAAUUAGGUGAUUCAGUCAUAUUUACGACAAACCCGUGUAGAAUACAAUACUGUACACAGGAAUUCGUGAUAAUGCGGCAGGAUUUAGUCACAAAGAUGUGUCGGAACUCAAUUCAUUUUCCAGAAACUGGCGAUAUUCCAGAUCACUUAACGAAAACUCUACUAAGUCAAUGCACAUUGUCUCCACUUUCAUUAGGCGUUCAACCUAUAUACUGGAAACAUGCUGAUGCAUUAAACUUGUAUCCUAUGCCAGAUUUAGUAGUUGUAGCCGAUCAUUUCCAGCCGUAUACAAGAAUGUAUCAAAACUGUCAUGUUAUGAAUCCAGGAUCAUUUCCAAGAACUGAAUUUUCUUUUAAAGUUUAUGUGCCUGCCUCUCGAACAGUUGAAGACUCACAAAUUCCCAAUGAUGAAACUUGAAAUAAAUUCAGACAACGACAUUUGCUAAUGUACCGCGGAAAAGUGAAUUCAUUUUAGAAAGUACUUCAUACCACUAAAUCUCUUACAAUAUGUAUGUUUAAUGUUGAGAAUUAUUAAUAAAAUCUGACAUAUAAGAGAUAGUUGUUGUGGAAAAACUAAAUAAAGCAGACAGUAAAUUUUAAUGGUUUAAAAUCUAUGGUAUUUUUGUAACUGAUAGUAAGUAUAGAAAUGAAUUAAGGUUGUAUUCAAUACACCUAGAAAUAAAAAGUGGAUGAAUAAUUUGUGAGACAUUGUUUUAAAUUUAAUAUUGCACAUUCUAUGCUAAUAACAUCUUACACGUUUUAAGUUUUCAUCAGGAGGUAUUUUUCAAAACUAGUAGAGUUCACUCUUCCACGAUUUCACACAAAAUUGAAAGUAAAGUAUUUUUAUCAGAAUUUAUAAUUAGGUCUUGGUUAAAAAUUAGUUUCAUUUGCUCCAAGGCUAACUGGAAGGAGAAGAAUUUGUUUAAAAAUAUUUAAAUUUAGAAAUUAAAAUUUUUGAAAAUUAUUUCCUGAUUGUUCACACUACAAUAUUUUUUACAAGAAAUGUGAAAAUGUGAAGGAUGGAAUAAAAAACAAAAUGUUA